ACAGGUACCCUUUGAGUCUUUGGAGGCUCAUGACUUCCGCAGACAUGUUGCUACUGGAAAGAGGCUCCUUCAGAUGGAGGAAGGUGGUGUCGCCCUGGGGCUGGAUCGUCUGAUGAACUGUGGCCUGUCUUACAGGGGGGUGAACAGGCUCUCACGAUUAACAUCAUACAGGGAACAACUCUGCAGGGAACUAGAGGUCCUGCAGCCUCCAAACAAAUCACCUGGGCAGGUGUCCAGGUGUACCUACACUGUUGGUUCAUCACCCAGUUGCCUUGGUGAAACAACUAUGGACACAACCCAGGACUCCAUGACUGAUCAGGACCUGGUCGCCUCCCUGCCUGACUGUUUGGAUGGGAAGGACAGCAUCCAGUAUGACAGGACUAACUCAAUGAAGCAAAGUCCAAACAGGAGAUUGUUACCCAAACAGGGGAGUCUGUCUGCAUUUGACACAAGUGACAAGGAGAACCUCCCACCCUUCCCACCAAAGUUCCAGUCUGUGCUGGACAACGCGCUACAUGCUGUCAGCAACAUCAGGGAACACAACUUCACCUUCCGGGAGAGCCCCAUUCACUACCAGAGAGCUCAGAACAGUCAAUCUUUCCAUGAGAAGAGUGCCACAAGUGAGAGAGAUGAAGGUGUGGUCGUUUUUAAGAGGGACCGGGAACUGAAGAUAUACAAUAACCCAGAGGACAUUGAGAUAUACGACAGCCACAUGCCUGCAGAACAGCACACCCACUCCACACCCAUUGUGACAAGCAGGCUGCACCAGAUGCAGCAACCUUUUCUCAAGGAGAGUCCUCUGCAACCACAUUACGAGCCAAGCAGUAGCUCAAGCUUGCUGAGUAAGCGAUGGAGCUUCCUGGCCAGGAAGUCCAAGUCCGUCGGGCAGCUCAUUCAAACAUUUGAAGCCAAAGCAAAAAGACAGAAUACAAAAUCAAACAGAGCAUCACAAUCUGAUCUGGCUGCACAAGAUGCAGAUCCUGCCUCGUACAGUGUGGAGAGAGAGAAAAUGUCCACUAGUGCCAAGGAGCAGAAGCAGAUGGAAGCAACAUCAAGUCUGAACGGAUCUGAUGACAAUGGCAGAUUCAAAGUGUCACCAACUGUAACAGGUACAGUUCAACGGCCUGACAAGGAUGAUAGCACCAACACCAUCUCAGAGGCAAACACUACUGAUUUGCACUGGCAGUCAGCUAUUGAUGGAUCAGCAGAUACAGUGACAGAGUACCAUGACAUGAGUAAGGCAGAGGAUUCUGCUGUAUCUCUCAGUUUGGAUGGAAAAGAAUCCUUCUACAUGGAAGCUCAGGACCAAGAUAGUGUUGUGGUAUCAACAAUGGAGGCAGGGUCUUCUGCAGCUCCUGUAGAAGUUCACUAUUGGCCGCAGGAGGUAGAAAAGCAGCAAAGCCCCAGUGACAGCAAUGACAAGGCAGCAGGUAUGACCACUGCUAGCACAGUAGAAGCUGGUAAUGCGCAAACCACAGACAGUGGGGUACCAGCAAGUCUGCUGGACCGGCAAGACUUUCUGGAUUACCGAUUCAGGUCCUUGCAGGAAUGUCAAGCUAUGGACAAAAUGAGCUACACAACUGACUCCAGCUUCAUCAGCAGUGCUACAGAGGAAAGCAGUGACAGUGAGGGUGACAGUGGCAGUUCCACAAGCAAGGAGUCUCUCCAGCUGGAUCCAGCAUCUCAUACUCUCAGCAAGGAGGGUAAAAACUCACACAUAGUUCACCACAAACUCCUGCAGUCUCUCCAAGAAAGGUCAGCUUUUGAGGAUGACUUGACUCAAAUAUCUGCCUUGGAAAUGUCUGUGACUAGCCUGGACCAACCAAACAAUGGGGCUAAAGAAGAGUCAUCAUCAGCACACAGUGACCCUGUGACAAGAGAAGAUGAAGAAUUGACAACAGAAGAUCAACAAGGAUCAGUGCCAAUGGAAAGUUCUCAUCUAGCAAAAGUACAGGCAAGCCUUACAAGUAGGUCCAGGAAUGACAGCAUCCUCUCUGAAACCAGCCUGGAAGUUUCUGCCAUCACAUCCUCAGCAGCGCUCAAUUACAGCACAUCAAUCAGCAACACUAGGGGACCUGACAGUGAGAGCAAGGAUGGCAGCAUCACUUCAUUUUCAAGCCUGGAAGUCUCAUCCUUGACCAAAGCCUUAGAAGAGAUGGUGCCCGUAAAAUCUCAGCUAACUAACAUCGGAAUGCUGGAGUCACCAACAGUGAAGGCUGUGGAGAUGUCAGAAAGCUCAUCAGAUGGAAGUGAGCAAAGUGAAGAAGACAACUGGAUGCUUGGAGAUGGGGAUAGCUGUGGAGCUGAUCAGAGUAAGAAGAUAAGCAAAGAUACCCAAAGUGCUGCAUCACCAGAGGAAGACAAGAAGAUGGAAUUCACCAGAGAAGUUGAGGCUUUUGGGAGAGGUGACUCUGUGGAGAGUAGUAAUGGAGUAGAUAGUAAUCAUGAUGAAGAGCAUUCUCCACAAAUGUGUGCUAGGAAGAAAACCAGAGUGGAGACCUAUGUUUGAACCAAUUUGCACAUACUGUUUGGUAAACUUUAGGGUUGAGGAUUUCCACUUAAACCUGGAUAGCUCUUUUUUGUCAGAUGCAUGUGUUUCAACUUUAUGGAAGAAAUUAGACUUUCCCCCAUUAUCACUAAUAGUAGACUUUGUUGUCAAAGAGGCAAGACAGUUGUCAUUCCUCAAAGACCUUGACCGUGAUCUCAGCUAAAACUUUGCCAGAAUUGUUUCAAUUGUUAUUAUUGUUCAAUUGCUUUAUCAAAUUGAAAUGUUUAUCAUUCAAAUUCUAGACAAGUUGUUACUAGUGGAACUUGAUUCAAUGGAAAGUUAUCAUUGCAAAUUCUAUUUUAUAAACUUCAGUUGCCAAAUGCUGCUAUGAGAUAUGGUAUUACUGAAAAGUUGACAACAAGUUGAUGUAGUUUUGAUGACUUGCACAUUUUUUAUGAUAAGAGUUGUGCAGGAGUUUCAUGUAUGUAUUUUGAAUGGAUCAUUGUUGACUACUUUUGAGCAACUGUUUGAAUAGCAUUUAGUGCAUCUGUCCAUAAUGUUUAGUAGCAUGAGAAGCAAUGAAUUUGGAAAGAAAGUGCACUACUGUACAGUUUUUUAUGAUGUCACAUUUUAAUUCAACAUUUCAAAGGUGCUGGACAAACACUGGCAAGACAAGACUAAAUACAUAUGAAUGUCCUGGUCAUAUCAGGAACAACAUGUCAAGGUUGCCAUAGUCCUAGCUCAAGUUGUGCCUCUUUUGCUGGAACUGACUAACUUUUUGUACUCCUCUGAGUAGUAAUAGUCAGAAUCAACCUUCUGUUCAUUGUUUGACAAAGUCACAUAAACGUUUCCAUUCCUGA